AGGCGCCCGACGUUCGGCCGCCGCCAUGUGGAGCGGGCACGGGACCUUCGACAGCGGGUACGGCACGGUGGGCAGCUCGGGGCCUGUGGGCGGCUACACGCAGUCCCCGGGCGGCUUCGGCUCCCCCGCCGGCACUCAGGCGGAGAGGAAGCAGAGAAUCCGCUCCCAGAACAUCGUGCCCUGCACCGUGUCGCAGUUGCUGGCCGCCGAGCAGGUCGACGAGACCUUCCGGAUCCGCGACGUGGAGAUCUCGCAGGUCACCAUUAUGGGGAUCAUACGGCACGCUGAGAAAGCACCGACGAACAUUCUCUACAAAGUGGAUGACAUGACAGCAGCCCCGAUGGACGUCAGGCAGUGGGUUGAUACUGAUGAGGCAGGUGGCGAGAAUGUUGUGGUACCUCCAGGAACUUACGUAAAAGUAGCUGGUCAUCUUCGGUCUUUCCAGAAUAAGAAAAGCUUGGUGGCAUUUAAGAUAAUGCCUCUGGAAAAUAUGAAUGAGUUCACCACACACAUACUAGAGAUUGUCAAUGCACAUAUGAUCCUCAGAAAAAAUCUUAUGUCAGCAUCAAGAGUGCCUCAGUCAUUCUCCUCCGCUGGGAUAGGUGAUGUGGGGGGCUAUGGAGGAGGUGGAAGCCUACCAGUGAAUGGACUCACAGCGCAUCAGAGUCAGGUGCUGAACUUGAUUAAAAACUGCCCUGUCCCAGAAGGUAUGAGUCUUCAGGAGUUGAAACUUCAGCUCCACAAUAUGAGCAUGUCAACAAUCAAGCAAGCCGUUGAAUUCCUUAGCAGUGAGGGACACAUCUAUUCCACUGUGGAUGAUGAUCACUAUAAGUCGACCGAUGCUGAGUGAAGUUACUUCCAGCUGGAUUUAGUUCUAAGCAAAUGCUUGUCCAUGUAUCAAGUUAUCCUGCGGAGCUUUGUGACGUGGAAGGUGAUCUUUACUUUUUCUAGCCUCUGAAAGUCCCAGUUACUGUGUGAGUGCCUCCUUGUAAUUCAAGGACAAGCAGAACGUAUACGAUUCUGUUAACUGGACUCGAUUAUAUGCUGUGACCAUGGGACUGAGAGGAUAAAGAGACGUGGGAAAACUGAACUCCUCAAAGCUUCAGAGCCUUCAGUUUGUUUUUGUCUCCUUAGAGGAUGCCUGUGUUAGAAAGAGGUUCUUCUUUCUAAUCUUGUCCUGGGCAGAUUGUCUUUUGUUUCUAGAGCUGUAUCUCCUAACUCAGUUUUCAUUCCAUUUCAUUCACUAAGUGGGUAGCCAAGAGUAAUAUUCCACUAAUGUACAGUAAUCAUGAAUAGAUUUUUAAUUGGUUUAGUUUAUACUAUGAGGUGAUCUUGUUACUACAACUUUUGAGUGUUUCCAAUAAAAUUUUCACUUGGGUAGUCUUGCAUGCGUGUGUGGCUCUAGAGGCUUUUCUUCCCUAAAAAAGAAAAGCAUUUGUGUUGACAAAACUUAGCCAUGUGGGUAAAAACACAGCUCAUGCUUUCAGAUUUUCUUUAACCAUACUUAUUUUUUCCUUAGCUUUUGAAGUAAAUUGCUUUAAAAGGUCAAACUGAGGCAAAUGUGUGGAAACUAAGAAAUUAAAUAAUGGUACUACUGAAGAAAGCUACACAUUGUAUCAGUGUUCCAAAUAUAGCCAGGAUCAUUUCUACCACCAGAAGUACUUCAGCUGAAGCUCUAAUUAAUUACGUCACAUGGAACAAGUUUUUCUUCUUUAAACUAUUUUUAAAGCAUAACAGAGAAAAACGCUAAGUUAUGAAACAGCAGGGCUGAUAUUGGUGAUGUAUUGGGGUGGAGAUAACAGGUUUUCAUUUCCUGUUUCUCUGCACAAUCCUGCCUUGUUCAGGAAGGCAGUGUGCUGAGGGCAGCUGCUUCAGCAUAUUUCUGUCCUCUUAGUCAUGAUAUGCUUCCUGUUCUAUAAAAUGCAAAGCUGAAAACUACCUUCUGCAAAUUGUUUUGCAUUUGUUAAUGGGAGCACUUCAGGAGUUCAUAAAUAUUCAGGAGCAUUUUUCACCGUGACGGCGUGUAGCUGUUCUCACAGGAGGAACUUUUGUGGUGAAUGCGUUGCUGAAAAGCAGGACGCUGGGAUCUUUCAAGCUGAACGCUGAGAGACUGAAAUCUGCUUGCUGCCCACCAGAUGGGAGCCUGGUUUGCUGUGCCGCGCUGACCUGUCCUUUGAUUGCUGCUUGCCAAGUUCCCAGGGGCACACGGCUUGCUGGAAAAACAGCACAUGCAGCCAGGGCUGAUGCCGGUGGGUUCAUGGGCUGGUCAACUCCAGCUGCCAUGGGAGCUGCAGGUUGUGGGGCUUUUGUUACCUGGGACUGGUGAAGUGACCUGGCUUUGAAAAAGCAGUUCUUCCCUGUAUGCACAUCUAUGGGGCUGGCUGCUGGACACAAGGUGUCUACUUCUGGCAUUCAUGCUGGGGCAAACCCCACUGUCCUGCUCAGGUUCAGAGAGUGGCACAGCUGUAGCCCACAGUGCACUUCUGGGGCUAAAAUGUGCUAUAGAUAGAUGUAUAACAGGUCAGCUUCCAGGCUUUGGAAUCCAGCAGAUCUAGAAGCCAAAACCACUGUCAUUUCCCUUUUGCAGGAAUUAUGCAGGUUAGGAAGAAAAUCCCUGAUUUUUGGAAGUCAAGGUGAAUGGAAUUGCUUGCAGUAAAGAGAGUAGUUGUGUGACUGGGCAAAACACUUGUGAUGCGACUGGAGAGGAAAAAAUCAUCAGCUGGGGAGGGAGUUGAAGUCUUUGCCUGGUCUCUGCUUGCUGUUUGAUAUUCAAAGCAUCCAGGAGCAUCUGCUGUUGUCCAGGUAGAGGGACAAUUUGGAAUAGUUCUUAGGGGACAGAAGCAUUGGCUGCUUCACAGAAAGUCUGCAUUUAAAACUGUCUGUGAACUAACGGUGAAAUCCAAACUCGGAAUGCUUUUGGCUCAAAUAAAGGAGACAAAAACACUUGGGCAUUUUCAGUUCUGGUUUCUUCUAUGCUCUGCUCCCCUCCUCCUCCCUGGAGCCCAUCUUCUCCCCAGCCAUAGUCCAGCAGUUAGUUUUUUCC